AUGGCUACCCCGAGUGUCCUCGCUUUUGACGCUGAGGGUCGGGCCAUUGACUUUGACGUCUGGAUAGAUGACCUGCAGCUUUUCUUACAGUGCGAUAGGGCGGACGGUCUCUCUCUCUUUGACCUCACCUCUGGUGCCUCUCCUGCCCCUGCUGCUGAUGCUGACGCCACUGUCCGCUCACAGUGGGCCACGCGCGAUGGUGCUGCACGUCUUGCUGUGCGUCGCCACCUGCCUACCUCUAAGCGUGCGCACUUUAGCCAGUACAAGAGUGCUCAGACCUUGUACGACGCUGUAGUUGCACGCUACUCAUCCCCUGCCACUGCUGCACUGAGCCGCUUCAUGCUACCUUACCUCUUCCCUGACCUUGCUGCCUUUCCCACAGUCGCUGACCUCAUUACGCACCUCCGCACUAGUGACACUCGCUACCGCGCUGCGCUUCCUGCUGAGUUCUGCACCAAGAACCCCCCCCCUAUUCGGUCGGUGCGGCGUCUACCCCUAGUGGGAGACGCAGCUCUGGCAAGGGCAAGGGGGGCAGGGGCGCUGGAGGAGCUAGCGGGGGCAGUGGAGGCGGCGGUGGAGGCGGCGGAGGGAGUGGGGGUGGCGGUGGGGGUGGUGGCGGGGGUGGAGGUGUCGGUGGCGGCAGUGGAGGCGGAGGCGGAGGCGGUAGCGGUGGGAGCGGAGGUGGUGCAGGUGGCGGAGGUGGAGGAGGCGGUGGCGGAGGAGGAGGAGGAGGAGGUCGUGGCUCUUUGCUAG